AUGAAGGAAUUUAUCCAACGAGUGCUUCUUGGCCGGUGGUUCAUGGUCUUUGCUUCACUCUUGAUCAUGGCCGUGUCUGGUCCUGGUUACAUGUUUGGUUUGUACUCUAACCACAUCAAAGCAUCGUUAGGAUAUGACCAAACCACUCUCAAUUUGAUAAGCUUCUUCAAGGACUUGGGAGGCAAUGUUGGAGUCUUGUCAGGGCUCAUCAAUGAAUUCACACCACCUUGGGUGGUUCUUUUCGUGGGUUCAAUCAUGAAUUUCUUUGGAUUUUUCAUGAUUUGGCUUGCCGUUACUGACCGUAUUUCCAAGCCGAAAGUUUGGCAGAUGUGUCUUUAUAUGCUUGUGGGUUCGAAUUCACAGACAUUUUCUAAUACUGGAGCUCUAGUCACUUGUGUGAAGAACUUCCCAGAAAGCAGAGGUGGCGUUAUUGGCUUGUUAAAGAGUUUUGUUGGUCUGAGCGGUGCGAUUAUGACACAACUCUACCAUGCUUUCUAUGGAGAUAUCUCUAAGGAUCUUAUCUUAUUUAUUGGUUGGCUUCCCACGGCUGUUUCUCUCAUAUUUCUUCGAACAGUUCGAAUUAUGAAGAACGUUCGACAAGCAAAAGAGCUCAAAGUUUUCUGCAAACUCUUCUAUGUUUCGCUUGGCCUUGCCAGUUUCCUCAUGGUUCUAAUUAUCAUACAAAACAAGCUCAGGUUUACAAGAAUUGAAUACGUUGGAAGCGCUUCUGUUGUUUCUAUUUUACUUUUCCUCCCUUUAGCUAUUGUUAUAAAAGAAGACUAUGAUCUCUGGAAAAGCAAGAAAGCAGAUCCUGCUCCAGUAGAAAUCGUGACUGAUGAGAAUACUCCAGCAGCAGAGCCAUCACCCCGACCUGCAGGAGCUCCAAAUACAGCAAUGGAGAAGCCAGCUUUUUCCCUGGAAAAAAUUUUCAAGCUUCCUGAUAGAGGUGAAGACUACACCAUAUUUCAAGCAAUUAUCAGUCCGGACAUGAUGAUGCUAUUCGUUGCAACAGCUUGUGGGACUGGAGGGGCAUUGACAGCAAUUGAUAACUUGGGUCAGAUUGGUGAAUCGCUGGGCUAUCCAACUCGUACAAUCACAACCUUUGUAUCACUUGUUAGUAUUUGGAACUAUCUUGGUCGAUCAGUGACGGGCUUUGCCUCUGAAUUCCUUUUAACAAAAUAUAAGAUCCCUCGCACACUAUUGCUUACAUUUGUGCUUCUUUUGGCUUGCACUGGCCAUCUUCUGAUUGCCUUUGGUGUUCCUAAUUCUCUUUACUUUGCUUCAGUGAUUACUGGGUUCUGCUUUGGAGCACAAUGGCCAUUGAUAAUUGCCAUAAUAUCUGAGAUUUUUGGGCUCAAGUACUUUUCAACUUUGUACAAUUUUGGCUCCGUUGCGACCCCAGUUGGCACAUACAUUCUCAAUGUGAAAGUGGCUGGCCCUUUAUAUGAUAAACAGGCAUUAAAGCAAAUGAAGUCUUUGGGGCUCAAAAGGGAAGCAGGGAAGGAAUUGAGAUGCGUUGGUGUGCAUUGUUACAGAAUCUCUUUCCUUGUGAUCACUGCAGCGACGCUGUUUGGAUUUCUUAUUUCGAUCAUUUUGGUGCUUAGGACCAAAAAAUUCUACAAAGGUGAUAUCUAUAAGAAAUUCAGGGUGGAAGCCGAGGCCGUAGAGAAGUAACGUUGAUCUUAUUUAUGUGUAUUGAAGUAGAGGGAAAAAUUUGCAAGAGCAGUAUUCAUGUUGGAUAUUGCUAUAAGGGUGGGUAUCACUUUACCAAUAAGUUAAGGGCUUAAGGAUUAGGCCCUAUGUAGCUUUGAGAGUCAAAAAAGCACUUUUGAAAAGGUUCUAAAU